AAUAUGCUCUAUUCAUACCUACCCGCCACUAGGGGGCACUCGUGUUUACGUGAUGCAUGGUAGAGUGCACACAGAGGAAGAGUGUAUUACAUGUGUGUAUUGUGCUUGUUCAUAGCUGUCUGUAGCUGAGCACAUGAGCAGUUGUGUGUAAGAUUAAAAGCAAACAUCAGCCUUUCUUAAGGAAAGGAGGAAAGUCCUGCUUGUGUUUUGCUUACCAUCUUGUGCAUCACGUAUUUGCUGUCUGUCUGCAAGAUAUUUCCACGUGGAUAUACACAUAUCUAAUGUGGUGGAGAUUGAGCAGGGGAGAACAGAUACAUGUGUGUCAGCGCCUCGUUUCAUGUUACAGCGUGUCACAGAAAUAGCAUCCAAAAGCCACUACCGUUGUUUAUAGGGGUAUGUUUCAUACAGGGCUAUUUUUGUAUGUUUUGAUUUAUUUUCUCUGUUGAUUUGGGAUCUUUAUAAUCUUGAGAAGGAAUGUGAUUUAAGGAGUAAUGUGUAUUAACCCUUUCUAAUCAGCCGAAUUUCACCCAAAGGGAGUGUUCAAUAGUUGGGCUACUGUUUUAUUUGUUUUAUUUAUUUUUCUUUAAACUGAAUAGGCCAUUGUAACUAAAUAUUUACAUUGUAUUUGGAGCUUGUGUUAAUUUGAUCUCUUUUUAUAUUUCUUGUAAACUUGGUUUAUUAUAAUAUACUACACAGGGGGAAAUUUCACAGUCAUUUAAUGCUGUGUUUUCUCUUAACUCAGUCGGAAAUAAAGAACCCCUGUUAGAUGUAUGGCUGUGCUGGAGUCUUUGUCAUAGUGUGAAGGUUUACACGGCCACAUCUUUUGGUACCAGGAGUGGGGUUAUUAGUUACUUACUGUGGGUUUCCUUUUGUGCAGAGGUUUUGUUUAUUAUUAUUUUUUAUUCUUACUACUACAAGUGGGUUAAACAACAGUAAACAACGGUAGUGGUCGAGGCUGGAUGUUUGUCACCGAGAGUCAACAGCGAGCUAUGUGCUGAUCCAGGAAGGACGGCGGAGAGUUCAAGUGUCAACGCUUCAGGAUCAACUUGACUGGGAAGUCUGCAUGGGACUGUGUUAGUGUGUGAUUUUGUAGAGACUGAAGCCAUUGACAUCUGCCGUAUAGAGCCAUGGAAGCUGAAGAUACUGAGCAAGCACAGGCACAGGGAGAGGACAGCCAAGGACUUGGUGCUGCUUCCCGGGUGAGUGACGACGAGAGAGUUAACCCUUUGCUACAGCUCCAGUCUCAAAUUCAGGAUUUGGGAAAGAGACAGGAUGAAGUGAUGUCAACACUGGCUAGUUUUAACACUGUCAAUACUAGGUCUUAUGUCUAUAUCCCUAGAGAACGACAAAUUGUUCCUUACUGUGGUGACUCUUCUAAAGACUGUCAGACCAUCGAUGAGUUUAUUGAGGAACUCGAACGAGUAAUUCGUGUAAGGGGAUUGAGUCGUGAAGACCAAGUAGACUUUAUUUUGUCACACUUAAGGGGGUCAGCACUUGAUGAGGUCAAAUUGUGUUUGGGGGGAGAUGAUGCAGCGCCUCGAGAUCUGUUUGUUUGUUUGAGAGAUGCUUUUCGUGAGAAACGGACAACUCCUCAACUGUUACAUGCCUUCUAUUCACGGAAACAGUUGGAAGGGGAGGACCUCCGCGAGUAUUCACAUGCCUUGUCAACAAUGCUGAACGCUGCGCUACAACAGUCGUCAAAAGCAGUUCCUGAUGUGCAGUUAACACUGAGGGAUCAGUUUAUUGAGGGAGUAGGAGACUCCACGCUUCGCCGAGAACUGCGUAAGUUAGUGCGUGACCGGCCCCGUGCAACACUGUUUGAGGUUAGGGAAGAGGCAUUAAUGUGGUGCGCAGAAGAACAACAACCUCGUAAGGCGAGUACUGCCAAAAGUCACUACUUAGUGGGCAUUGAGGGGGGUGCGGGUACAAAAAUGGCCAUGUCUCCUUCAGAAGACUUGCACGCUGUAUUAAAAGAGGUUGUGACAGUAGUAGCGCAACAAGGCAAAGCUAUCAGUGAGCUUACUAACGCUGUCCGUAACCUUACCACUCAAAGAAGCAGCUCUUCCUCUGAAAGGCCUCAAAGACCUAAGCUUAAGCCUAGAUAUACCAGAGACGGUCAACCCAUUUGCUUGAGGUGUGAAGGGGUGGGACAUAUAGCCCGUCAGUGCACCUCUCAAAGUAAUCAGGAAAGCCAGGUGACGGCCCCAGCCGAAACUCUUGUGCCGGGAAAAGGGGUCCCUCCGUUGUGUUGA